AUGGCGGGACAGUUGCCGAUUAAAUUCCAAGAGCAUUUACAACUUCAAAAUGUCGGUAUCAAUGUUACGAAUAUCGGUUUUAGCUCACUUACGAUGGAAUCCGAUAAAUUUAUAUGUGUACGAGAAAAAGUUAAUGAUACAGCGUUCGUUAUUAUCAUUGACAUGGCUGAUCCAAACAAUCCGAUCAAGCGACCAAUUACAGCUGAUUCAGCCAUCAUGAAUCCAGCGAGUAAAGUCAUUGCUUUGAAAGCUGGUAAAACUUUGCAAAUUUUCAAUAUUGAAUUACGUAGCCGAAUGAAAACGUUUAAUAUGACAGAAGAUUGUAUUUUCUGGAAAUGGGUCAGUGUAAAUACCAUUGGUAUUGUGACUGAAACAUCGGUAUAUCAUUGGACUACGGAAGGUGACAGUCAACCAUUGAAGAUGUUCGAUCGCCAUCCGACUUUACAAGGCUGUCAGAUCAUUAAUUACCGUACUGAUGAUUCGUUACAAUGGCUUCUCGUAAACGGUAUCCAAGCGCAAGAAGGCCGUGUCGUUGGUCGUAUGCAACUAUACUCCAUUGAGCGUAAAGUUUCUCAACCAAUCGAAGGUCAUGCUGCUGCAUUUACUCAAUUUAAACUCGAAGGAAACAAGAAAUCAUCUACACUAUUUUCCUUUGCUGUGCGAGGACAACAAGGAGGAAAACUUCAUAUCAUUGAAGUCGGUACGCCAGCACCUGAAAAUCAACCAUUCCAGAAGAAGGCAAUCGAUGUGCAAUUUCCAGCCGAAGCGCCGAAUGAUUUUCCAGUGGCGAUGCAAACAUCGGCCAAACAUGGUGUUAUUUAUCUAGUCACAAAAUAUGGUUAUGUUCACGUUUUCGAUAUCGAAAGCGGAACAUUGAUCUACAUGAAUCGUAUUAGUGCUGAUACAAUGUUUGUUACAGCGCCCUAUGAACCAACAUCAGGCAUCAUUGCUGUUAAUCGUAAAGGACAAGUUCUGUCAGUUAGUGUUGACGAAGAGAAUGUCGUAUCUUAUAUUCAAAACACACUAGGCAAUGCUGAUCUUGCUUAUAAGAUGUCAGCUCGAUGUAAUUUACCAGGUGCCGAUCAACUAUUCGUUUCAAGAUUCACACAGCUAUUCCAAAGUGGAAACUACGGCGAAGCUGCCAAAGUCGCCGCUACAGCACCACGAGGAAUUCUUCGUACGCAACAAACAAUUCAACAAUUUCAAACAGUUCCACCUCAACCGAAUCAACCAUCACCUUUACUUCAAUAUUUUAGUAUUUUACUAGAAUCAAGCAAAUUAAAUAAGGAAGAAUCAAUUGAAUUAUGUAAACCAGUUGUCAUGCAAGGAAAAAAACAACUAUUAGAAAAAUGGUUGAAGGAAGAUAAGCUCGAAUGUAGCGAACAACUAGGUGAUCUUGUUAAAUCAGUCGAUCCAACAUUAGCUUUGUCGGUUUACUUACGUGCUAAUGUACCUAUGAAAGUCAUCCAAUGCUUUGCUGAGACAGGUCAAUAUCAAAAGAUUGUUCUCUAUGCCAAAAAAGUCAAUUACCAACCUGAUUAUAUAUUUUUACUUCGAAACAUUAUGAGAAUCAAUCCCGAGCAAGGUGUUCAAUUUGCUCAAUUACUUGUUCAAGAUGAAGAACCAAUGGCUGAUUUAACUCAAGUCGUUGACGUUUUCCUUGAACAAAACCUCAUUCAACAAUGCACAGCAUUUUUAUUGGAAGCAUUGAAGAAUAAUCGUGAAGAUCAAGGCCAUUUACAAACGCGAUUAUUAGAAAUGAAUCUAAUGCAAGCACCUCAAGUAGCCGAUGCCAUUUUGGGUAAUAACAUGUUUACUCAUUACGACAAACCACACAUUGCUCAACUAUGCGAAAAAGCUGGUUUACUUCAACGCGCACUUGAACAUUAUACAGAUUUGUAUGACAUCAAACGCGCUGUCGUACACACACACUUGCUUAAUCCAGAUUGGUUGGUAAACUAUUUCGGACGAUUGUCCGUCGAAGAUUGCGUAGAAUGUCUCAAAGCAAUGCUUCAAGCUAAUAUUCGACAAAAUUUACAAGUUGUUGUUCAAAUCGCCACUAAAUACCAUGAACAACUGGGAACUCAAAAGCUAAUCGAAUUAUUCGAAUCAUUCAAAAGCUAUGAAGUCAAACAACUUCCGUUAGUCAAACCAUAUCUACGCUCAGUUCAAAAUAUCAAUAAUAAAGCAAUCAAUGAAGCAUUAAAUAAUUUAUUAAUCGAAGAAGAAGAUUAUCAAGGUUUACGUAAUUCGAUCGAUGCUUAUGAUAAUUUCGACAAUAUAUCGUUAGCACAGCGUUUAGAAAAACACGAAUUGAUUGAAUUCCGUCGUAUUGCCGCUUAUCUUUAUAAAGGAAACAACCGAUGGAAACAAGCUGUGGAAUUAUGCAAGAAAGAUCGAUUAUAUAAGGAUUCAAUGACAUAUGCUUCCGAAUCGCGACAAAUCGAAUUAGCUGAAGAAUUAAUCGCCUGGUUUCUCGAGGAGAAAUUAUACGAGUGUUUCGGCGCAUGUCUAUUCCAAUGUUAUGAUCUCUUACGACCUGAUGUUAUUCUUGAGCUCGCAUGGCGUCAUGAUAUCAUCAGUUUUGCAAUGCCUUAUAUGAUUCAGAUAAUGCGAGAAUACAUAACUAAAGUGGAUAAACUUGAACAAUCCGAUCAACUUCGUACAGAGAAUGAAACAGCCAAUGAACAAAAACCAAUUGAUUUUAAUUCACAAGGUCCAUUAAUGAUUACCGGACCUGGUAUGGGUAGUUUUCAACAACCAGGUUUUGGUGCUGGUGGCUAUCCUCCAUACGGUGGAGCACCUGGCUAUUCAGGAUACUAG